AUGCCCAUGGCGAGCUCGCUUUCCCACUUCAUGCAGGGCCUCUCAGUGGUAUUCCAGGAUAUCAACAGCGAUGUGGCGGUGUUUGAGUUGCUGCAGGACAUCCCACCAGAGUGGAAUGUGAUGCUGGCAGGCUGGGACGCAACCAACGUGCUGAACAACUUUACGGUCGUGGGUGUGCUCUCCAGCGGGGGAGGCGAAGACUGUGCCAACCCCGAGGAUCCCUUUGGAGAUGAGUCGCCCGUCUUAACAUUUGGACGCUUGGCAAGGGCCUGGAUCAGUGGGCUGUACCACCUGUUUGAUGGCGCCACCGUAGACCAGCCAGGCAGCGCCGACUACACGACCUACUCGCCCCCUCUGCCCACGCUGAGCAUCGGGAACAUUGUGCCGGAGGUGAACCCCACCCUGGGGCCCGCAGCCAUCUCCAUCCAAUUGCAGCAGGCAUCACAGCACACGACCGCGGUGGAGAUCGCCUCAAUGGACAAGACCUUGAUCAGCGUCUCGCCCUCAUCUGUGACCUUCACCGCCAGCAACUGGAGCACGCCGCAGUAUGUCAACCUGACUGCAGUGGAUACCAUUCCUGAAACGGAAUCAGCCGAGUCGUUUGAGCUGAGCCUCACAUGGCCCACGGUGUCUUCCAGUGGAGUGCAUGGAUCGCGGACCAAGACGAUCACGGGUAUUGUGCGGAGCGGCGUGCAAGGGACGAGCUUCUUCAAUCCAGUGGUUGUGGACAGCCUUCCGUUUGCGGUUGAGGAAAGCAUCUCGAGCUUCAACCCCCAGGCGCCCUUCAUCACAUUCGCCAAUGGGCCCUUCAUCCCCGGCGUCUACUUCUCCUACACUCCCUCUGCCGCUGAGGGCCUCUCGAUGGCGAUGUGCCCCGUCACCUCGUCCAUGACCCAUGGCUCCCUCACCGCCACCGUCUACAACUCUAACUGGACCUCCGAGGCCCGGAUCCCGCAAUUCGUACAUCACAUGCCAGAGCUGGGGGAGGGUUGCUCUCAGCUGGUCGCCGCACUGCCUGGGAGCGACACCUACUACAUUGUAGUGUACCCCGUCACCACAUUUGUCGUGCCCGGCACUUCCAACAAAUUUGAGGGCGACAUUGCCGUGGGCAUGGACGCCCUCUCCAUCGAGAAGGUCAUGGCUGUGUUUGACGACAGCAAGCUGGUUCCCAGCAUCAACAGCAUCCCUUACGAGGCCCACUGGCAUCCCUCACCCUUGGGCCAGCUCUUCUACUUCAGUCCGCCACUGAGCACCCAAGUGGACAUCACCACCUGCUUCAACGCCACCACCGUCCCCACAGUGGUUUCCCUCUUUGAUGGGGAGAGCCUCCUGCCCAUCAGGGUUUGCGACAGCGGCGAGGGGUGCGGCGCCCUCCUGGACCAGCCUGUCGUGCGUGGCAAGGCGUACUUGAUCCUGGUGAGCACACCAGGCACCUCCGUGGCGCUCAGUCGCACCCCCUCCGAGAUCUUCCUGGCCCUGGACAUCUCCCCGGGGGGCCCUGGGGCGGGCACGGCCCUCGGCAUGCAGGCCGCCGCAGGCAUCUCCGUGGAUGCGCGCCUGACCAGCCACCUGGUGGGUCACGGGCCGGCGUUCCCGCAGGGCCUGGCUCCCUCCAAACAGUAG